AUGGAGUCGAUCAAACUACUCUUUCUCUCACCAGAGAUCAACCCCAGCAACCGCAAGGCCAAGUCAAUCCCAGUUCUCAACCCUUUCGACCAAUAUGGACGUGUCUUCUUCUUCUCAUGGCUGGGCUUCCUGGUGGCAUUCCUGUCGUGGUAUGCCUUUCCACCACUGUUGACGGUCACAAUCUCGAAAGACCUCCACAUGACACAGAACGAUAUUGCAAACUCCAACAUCGUUGCCCUCCUUGCAACCUUCCUCGUGAGAUUCGUGGCUGGACCACUCUGUGACCGGUUCGGUCCACGUUAUGUGUUCAUUGGACUUCUCCUCGCCGGCUCUAUCCCAACAGCGAUGGCCGGCCUCGUCACGAACUCCCGAGGCCUGAUUGCCCUGCGAUUCUUUGUCGGCGUUCUGGGCGGCACCUUCGUCCCCUGCCAGGUUUGGUGCACCGGCUUCUUUGACAAGAAGAUUGUGGGAACUGCCAACUCCCUCGCUGCAGGAUGGGGAAACGCAGGCGGCGGUAUCACAUACUUUGUCAUGCCCGCCAUUUUCGACUCCCUCGUUCAUGCUCAGGGCCUCCCUGCUCACAAGGCCUGGAGAGUUGCCUACGUCGUCCCAUUCAUCAUCAUCGUCGCGCUCGCUUUGGGCAUGCUGUUCACCUGCGAAGACACCCCAACCGGCAAGUGGUCGGAGCGUCAUCUCUGGGCGUCCGAGAAUGACGGUUCGGAUCCCAACAUCGUCGACCUCACCUCGGGCCGGACCUCCGUGAGACCCUCCGUGGCGCCGUCGCUCACCAACAUCGCCGUCGACGUCGAGAAGAAAGGCACUGACACGCCCGUGUCGACCGCCCUCGACCGCGAGCCGCAAAUGCUCGGUCAGAUGGACGCCCUCCGCACCGAAACCGUCGUCGCCCCCUCGUUCAAGGAGGCGCUCAGGGUGAUCUUCAACCUGCACACUGCGGCCGUCGCCCUCCCCUACGCCUGCUCCUUCGGCGCCGAGCUCUCCAUUAACUCCAUCCUGGGCAAGUACUACGCCGACAACUUCCCCCACAUGGGGCAGACCAAGUCGGGCCAGUGGGCCGCCAUGUUCGGUCUCCUCAACGUCAUUUUCCGCCCCGCCGGCGGCUUCAUCGCCGAUCUUCUCUACCGCCACACCGACUCCGUCUGGUCCAAGAAGAUCUUUCUGUCGUUCCUCGGCGUCGUCAUGGGCGCCUUCCAGGUGGCCAUGGGCCUGACGAACCCCAAGACCGAGGCCACCAUGUUCGGCCUCACCGCCGGCAUGGCCUUCUUCCUCGAGGCCGCCAAUGGUGCCAACUUUGCCGUCGUCCCUCACGUCUACCCCUUUGCCAAUGGUAUCGUUUCUGGUGCUGUUGGCGGCAUGGGCAACUUCGGUGGAAUCAUCGGUGCCAUCAUCUUCCGCUACAACGGCCAUGACUACGCCCGCAGUCUCUGGAUCAUCGGCGUGCUCUGCAUCGCGACUAAUCUGCUCGUGGCCUGGAUCCGUCCGGUCCCCAGGGAGCAGAUGGUUCGGUAG